UGGCGUCACUGAGUGCACGCUCAGAGAUCGCAAAAUUGUACACAAUAAACAACAACAACGUAAACAGUAAACAACUUUGGAAUUUCUCAACCGCGUGGGAUACAGAGAUACCAAGAUGAGCGCUCGGCCUGCAACAGCCGUAGCCCGCACCAAGAAACAGAAUCAUGCCAACAUCCCGUGCCCAAUAGAAGAUUGCGCGAGAUUCACAUACGGCAAACUACCCGACCACCUCACCAAGAUACACGGACUGACCGGGGCAGAGAGAGACGCCCUCAACGAGCAACAGAGAAAGCGAUUCUUCAACGGCGAGCUGUGUCAAGUUCGGUACUUGAAGGAGACCGCCAUCCGUGACCUCUGGGGUUCCGACUACGACAACCCAAGGAUAAAAGCCAAGAUCCAUCAGAGCUUCUCACUCGUGAAGAUCAGAAUAAUACCGAUAGCGGCUACUCAAAGAGCUAGACCGCUGACCGAGCAGGACGCGAACGUGCUCACGGCGUACAACGCGAGAACCGCGCCCAGAUCAGCUCGAGUCCAGAGACCCAAGACCCGCUCGCGACCCUACUCCAUCCCCGAAAGAAGCUCCACCGAAAGCAGAGCGAGCGAGUCCAGCGAAAGCGAGGAGAACGGCCAGAGCUCUUUGCCUCUGUCUCCCCCACCGUCCUCGCCGUCUCUCCCGCCUUCUCCGGCGCCCUACGAGCUGCAGCCGGUCGAAACACGCCUCCAGAACAUAUUCGAUUCCAAAAUCGACGCUGGCUACAAGGCCGUCAUCGACGACAUGAAGAAAUCUAUGACGAUGGGUCGCACCAUCGGCGCGAGGAAGCGGAAAGCGUACCGAACCUACCGGAGAUACGCGAAGCGCCUGAUCGCGUUCCUGCAUCGACAGCACUCGCCUCUAGCUUACGAUGUGGACGUCUUGCUGUGCGGGGAGAAGCAGGUGUGCGCGUUCCUGGAGCGGAUCAGAAGCGAGCACAAAACGAAGACGCUCCGGAACUACGUGGUGGCGGCCAUCAAGCUGCUCGACUCGCGGCUCUUCGCUAUAGAGAGGGAUCCCUCCUGCAAGGAGAAGGUGGUCUCCAUGACCAGGGUGUACGAGGUGCUGCACGGCCGCCUCAACGACUGCGACCGCCUGCUCGCGCAGAAGGAACCCGCCACGCAGAAGGAGACGCCAUCCUAUGACAGUGACGAUUUGGGCAACUUUGACGAAACCUUUGAUGGCCUGGUUUAGACUGUUAAUCUAAAUGAAGUUUGAAUGUUUUG